GCAUCAACCAAAAGAUAGGAUUGAACCAUGGCUGAUCAAGCCAUCAGGAAUUUACCAGAAGGCAAGGAAUAUCAUGUGUUCCUUGCCUAUGCUAGUGAAAACCAGGAAGAUGCAGACAAAUUAGCUGGGGUUUUAAAAGGUCUUGGAUUCAAGUUGAUGCUAUAUGACCGAGACUUUCGAAUAGGAGGUGACCCAAUACAGGAGAUCCCUGAGAAGAUGGAAAAGUCCAUGCGCAUGGUCCUGCUUCUUACCAAAGAAUCAAAUAAGAAAAACUGGCCAAUGUAUGAAGCAAUGCAGUCAUUGAGAAAGAUGAUUGAUGAAAACACACGCUUCACCAUUGUACUUAGAAAAGGAGUGCAAAGAACUGAAGUCCCAAAGUUCAUCAGAUGGGUUCCUGAUGUUGACUACAACAAUGAGAAUUGGUUGAAACUGUUGACAGAUGCAAUAACAGACAGCACACCAUUGGAAAUCGGCCUACAGGGCAAUGACGUUGGGUUUGGAAUGGCAUAUGGGUACUUCUACUCAUAUCUUAACAUCAUCAUACCACCCCAGGGGGAGGAGGGAAAACAACUUGAUUUGAAAGGUCGCAUUGAGAAGUAUCUCCAGACAAAGAGUGGAGUAACAUACAUGCCGCUUAAGAUUUAUAUCUUGGUACCUGAGUCUGGAAUUCUGCCAAGCAAUAUUGCCAAUGUGGAUAAGAAAAUCGAGCUGAGGGAUAAGGACAAAGAUAAGUUGAAGACCACUGUGAUCAGAGGCGGAACACCAAGGCCAUACAUGAACAUGAUACGCACCAUUGAGGAUGAUUCUGGGGUGUACCAAUGUUUGGUUGAGUAUGCCACAGUUAUACAACCCUUGACUGAAAUGGAGGACAACCCCCUGCUGAAUUUCAAAGAAGAGGACCGCAUCCUGCAAGUGAACAUCUUCUUCAAAACCCUGGAAGACAUCAUCAGGAGUUUUGAUGCAGACAAGAGAGCCAUGGUUGAGCUCAUCAAAUUGAGCGAAGAUGAAGAAAGUCCCCUUUCUACCAUCUUGUUGGAUAGAAUCAAGGCAGAUAUGAAGAAGUAACAUUUUACGGCUUUGCAAAAACCAACAAUUCAAGGACAACAUGUCCAAAUAAACAAGAAAUUAUGUUAAGGUGAUAUCAGAAUUGAAAUUAGAAUGUAAGAUUUCAAGUUAAAUCAUUUGAACUUUGAAAAUUCAUUUUUUUUGAAAAUAUGAUUUCUACUGUAGGUUGAGAUGAGUCCUCAGAGCUUAUGAUGAAAGUGAAAGAUAUUUGAUUUUAUUGAAAAUACUUCUUUUUAAUCAACAUAUAAUUAUCAUUACUCAAAAAGCUUAGAAGGAAAUUGGUUUACUAAAUUUAUAUUUUAGUCACGUUUUGAGGAACUUUUUGGUUAUGUCUACCAUAUAACUAGAUAUAGUAAUCUGAAUUAAGUGAUGUCAUAUUGGUGGUAAACUGGUAACUAACAACUGGCACAUAAUAUGUAACUCCAUCUCUUAUAUCAGACAGUUAUGUAAAGCAUUAAUGUGCUUUAAAAAUCAUCUAAAAUAUUCCUUAAUGAAUAUAUAACAGAUGGAAAGGUGAAAAAUACUAAUAUUGCGGAGAAAUGAAAAAAUAACUUCACAUACUUGGCAUUUGUCUAAACGGAUGCAUAACGUGUACAUCCAUCGGUCUGUGUAUGAAUUUGGUGACUUCUAAUUUGUCUUUUCCUGUGAUCUUAUUUGCUCGUUCUAUACUUUUCCGCUCCCAAUCAGUCCAGAAGAUGUAGCUCUCGAACAAUGUGAUCGCGAAGAUGUGAGGCAGCUCUGGGGAUUGGGUGAUGACAGUAUGGCGAUUGUUUCCAUAUAUAUCAACGUAUGCUAUAUAGUCAUACCUAAAAUACAAACACAGGUAAUUUCAAAUAUGCUUAUGAAAAAAUGCUUGUUAUAAAAAAGAGAUUUUUGUAUAAAGUUUGUGCUUUCAUAAUUUAAAAAUAAUUUUUUCCACAUAUUCACAAAAGUAGAUUUCUGAUUGGGCAGUGAAGGUUCGUGUAAUUAAUGUGAUAUUCUCCAGCUUUGAGUUCAUGGAUAUUUCACCUAAGAUUUGGCUUAUUAUACUGCACCAUGUAAAGAUAUAAAUUAAAUAUUCAUAUAAAUUACAUUGCAUACAGUUUUUUGAAGAAUCAUGAAAAUUGAACAUUAAUAUAUGACAUACACAAAAGAAAUAUAUGAAAGUAUUUUGAUGAAAUUCAAACCCGAGAAUACCAUUGUUUUGAACAUGAGGUGCAAUGACAGAUUGAAGAGAGAUAAUGAAGGUUAAACUGCAAAUAGUGAACUUGACAUUGCCUUAGAGUGUAUUUCAUAUGAGAGUACAGAGCACUCAAAUACACAAAAUACUGAUAAGAAAAGAUAAUAUCUGAACAGCAAAAUCUUGAAUAAUGUCCAAUUACAUGGGUACCUUAGCUUAUGUAACUCUAUUUUCACCCUGAAUUAAGUAGAAUAAGGCUAAGAUUCCUAAGUAAUGUCUAGGUAAUGAAGACCAAAAGCAAAAAACGUUUUCACUUUUUUUCAGUUUUCAACAUGCUACAAUGUGCAUAUAAUGGAGAGGGUACAUGAAUAUGGAUUAUGUUUGAUAAGUUAUCCAUGAUCCCAAAAUGUGCCCAUAUCAUCUUACAUCAAACUCUUGUUUUUCUUAUGGCUUAAAAUAAAAAAUGAUUAGAGCAAUGAAUAAA